CGAAAUAACCCAUUUUUUCAGAGGUUUUCGACGGGUUUUGAUAAUCUAACGACAAGCACAUCUCCUCUGGACCCUGUGUUUAUUACCGGAGUCCGGUAAGGCGUCGAAGGGAACACAAGAAAGAUGAAGCCACACGUGCGAAGAACUGUUCGAGCAUAUCUAGCCUUAGCGCUGUGUUAUCUCGUGAAUAACCUAUCCUUAUCAACUGCACAAGACGACUGUCUUCCAGACAUUGGUGGAAGCGGAGAUUUGAAGUCUGUUGUCCUCAACAUACAGACAUGGGAACACCGAUCGUCCAACUUUCACGUGAGUAUGAAUUAUUGCAACAGUAUUCUUUAGCUUUUUGCUCCUAGUAAAAUUCAAGAAAAGAGUCAUUCAGCAAAAGUGCUCGUUGUUUGCCACUGAUUCACGUCGACUUCUACGGAUGAUGAGGUUUCAUUCAGAUCAGUCACGUCAUCACCAGUUUUCAGGUUUCUGUUUACGCAGACUCCAAUCGGCAACCCAAAAUUACGUUUGGAGUUCUUAUGGGUUUCCUUCCCAAAUUUUACUCCGGAAUCAGCAAAUCACUACUGAAGGAAUUUGUGAAUGAUACAACGGAUUAUUCUUAUUGAGAUCGUGAAAGAAGCUUAAACGCACUCAAGCGAGAGCAGCUGGGGCGGUGGCCGUCGAUCGCCUGCAUGCAAAUGCCAAAUAGGCUAGGCUAACAACAAUAAUUGUGUCUAUAAUUUCUGAUGCCCCUGACUCUGUCCUAUUACAUGCUAUUACAAGGGUCUGACCGAGGGUCUCAAUGUGGUGGUGGCUUUUACGGUUAUCGUAUCAACCUCGUUCCCAGGGUUCUCUCUCUUGCGUCGAGAAAGAACCGUGGUUGCGGCGUUGGUUGCGGCUGGUCACGUGGAAAUGUCUGUCAAUAAACUGCGCAGCGGGGAUAGGUCCCCCACUAAAUUUUGUCGACUGGAUGAUGAAAUACUAUCUGGGGUAGGGAGAAAAUUCUUGCUUCAAAAUGGCGCCUGAGUUUGUGAGUUGCGUGCAAACUGCGUUGCUUUCGGAUAGUUACGAUCACUUUUUUUUGAAGGCAAAAGAGGUUAUUUUUUGGAGCGUUUGUACUUGCAAAAAGGUUUUUGCUUACCGUCCUGCCAACAGGAUAUGGAAAAUAUUUAGAUUGUGAAGUUUUACCGUACUUAUUGAAGGACAAGGACGCCAGAAAGCUGUCGAGCCAGGCAGGUCCUUUGGUUGAUUUCAAUGUUUGACCUCUUAAUUCGUUAAUGUAUGACCAGAUUAAUUUUCGGGUGUUGUUAACAUUUAACAACAAAUACCAGCGCAAUCAGCUGAUAAUAAACUAGGCGGUAGACUGCUCUCGGGCCCCGACAUGCAGAGCAACUUUUGUCAUAGCGACAGUUAUUUGCUCUUCUUCCCCUCCCUUAUUUUUCAUGUGGCUCCCAAAAUCUGGGAACCACAUGACCUGCCGCAACCAGGGUUCUUUCUCGAAGCUUGAGAGAGACCGUGAGAACGAGGUUGUUAUCGUAUAGCAGGCAAAUGCGUGAGUUUUUCACCUUGUGUCCAGUACUAAGAUAUUUUUUAUUGCCUUUUGUGUUUGGUUGCAGUUCGAUGAUCCAGUAAUGGUCUCAUCUAACACCUUCACGGUUUCAAAAGGUGUCGAAGUUUCCAGGCUGAGUGGUGCUAAUGUACGCUUCUACGGUGAAGAACUCUGUGUUGCCGUAACUAAAUAUACGGAAGUAGAACAGAACGAUGGAACGACAACAACUAGCUCUGUUUGUCUUAAAUCCUGUCUCAGCGUUGGCGGUGCAACACGCCUAGACACUUACUCCGGGACAUUUGGCAGACCCUUAUCCACUAACCCUCCAUGCUGUUACUCAGGAUUGAUUAAAUACCUCCGAUUUUCCAUCCCUGCACCCCCGACCACGCCUCCCCCCUCCUAUCAGUGCAUUGAAUGUUUCGACUGCGAUGGGGCUGGUACCAAGAUAUCAACUAUUACAUGCAAUGCCGGUGAGAAGUGCUUCACGUUGAAGUUGCAAAAACACCAGGAUGGCGAAGUGGUUAUUGUUAAAGGCUGUUCUCACCACCUCCGGAACUGGGGCAAAAAUCUGUAUUGCGAGGAUGAGUGUAAAAGCAAUGUGCGACUUUGGCCGGAUGAUAGCUACAGUCGCCACUAUAGUGUUUGUGUGUCGUGCUGCUCGGGGGAUAAAUGUAACGGUGAAAAAAGGGUUGGUUUUGGUGCUACUUUUUAUGGCCACAAUCGACACAUGAUGAUUUAAGCACUUAUUUUUGGUGUCUUUGUUAUUAGCCGACGGAACAUUGAUACCAUAUAACCCGUUUUUCUGGCCGAGUAAAACGUGUUUACAAGUCUUGCAAGCAAAGUUUUGAAAACCAAAUGAUGCUAAAUUACAACUCAUAAACUCAUACAAAGCAUGUAUGUCUGAUCAAUUUAGAACAAUCAACAACAACAAUUUCAAUUAUUCAGAGAUCAGUUAUUUUUAUAAAGCUUAUAUAUAGCCCGUAGGAAGUUUGAGCGAGUCGAGGAAGGGAUCAGAAGGACAGUAGUCUGUUCUAGGCUCUCAGAUAGUAGGGAUGAUGCGUAUACGUAAGUGAAAGGCACUCGAAAUCUGAGAAAUUGGGGCGCCUGUCCUCUCCCCAGUUUCCCCCCUUUUCAACUUUCGUGUUCGUGCUGUCUCGAUUUCAUGGACCCGACUAUCCCGGAGCCUGGAACAGACUAGAGGGACAGUUGCGUUUUCAGACCAAGAAACGCCAAUAAAGAAAGAAAGAAGGAGAAGAAGAAGAACAAAAGAAGAAGACCUUGUUAUAAAACUUCAGGUUUUUUAAAAGAAAUUAGUUGUUGCAC